AUUCUAAACAUUAGCACUUUGAUCGGUUGAUUGAGUAAUAAGCAACAGCGAAGAGGUGCGCUUCAAAGUUCAGUCCCUCCGGGUUACAAAAUAGUACUCGAACAUGACCCCGGUUGACAGCGAAACAGCGAUCGUUUACGGAGGCCCAGACCCAGCGGAUUUACUGCACGAUGGUUCUCUGGGCGAGAUGAUGAUCAAAGAGCUGAAGCUAAGACCGACCAACAUCGGGCUGAUCGAUCCGGUAUCGGAGACGGAGCUAUGUUAUCAGCAAAUUUUGGUCCAAUCGGUGAAAGUGGCGAAUAGUUUACUAAAUCUUGGGGUGAAGAAGACGGAUACGGUGGCUAUCGUUAGCCAUAAUUGUCUGGAUUAUGCUUUUGCCAUGUUUGGGACGAUUUUUGUUGGGGCACCUUUGGCGCAGUUCAAUCCUGGAUAUUUACAAACUGAAUUGACACACGCUCUCAACAUGACAAAACCGAAAGUAAUCUUCGUCUCGCCAGAAGUAGCCCAGAUGGUAAUCACCGUUAACCAAAAGCUACAAUGCGCUGAGAAGAUCAUCACAUUCGGAAACAGCAUUUAUAACAUGCCAGAAGUAAUCCCUUUCAAAGAUCUCCUAAGUCAAAAAGUUGAAACUGACACCAUAAACCCAGAACCAGUCGACAAACAGAACCACGUAGCUUUGAUCUUACUUUCCUCCGGUACGACCGGUCUACCGAAGGGUGUUCAACUGACACAUGCCAACAUAAUGACAACGAUCGCCCAUUCAAAAGAAGCAGCCAAAUUGCUCGAUCUUCCCGAUCAGCUAGUAGCUUUGGCAGUGACCCCUCUCUUCCACGUUCUGGCUAGCGUCGGACUGAUCAACAUGGUCACCAACAACUGUCGCUGCGUGCUGAUGCCCAAAUUCGAUGCACAUCUGUUUUUGAACAGCAUUCAAAAGUAUAAGGUCAAUCUGAUGUCGGUGGUUCCACCGUUGAUGGUGUUCCUAGCGAAGCAUCCCAUGGUGGACAACUACGAUCUGUCAUCGCUGAUGACGUUGUUCUGCGGAGCAGCUCCGUUGAGUAAGGAGAUCGAAGAUCAAGUGCGGGACAGGUUGGGUAUUGCUUUUGUGCGACAGGGAUAUGGCAUGACGGAGACUACCUAUGUGAUGCUGAUGCAGACAGGAUUCGAGAAUAAACCCGGUUGUGUCGGGAAGGUGCGCAUGGGCCAAUGGGCGAAGGUGAUCGAUCCGGAUAGUGGAAAAGUGCUGGGACCAAACCAAAGAGGCGAGCUGUGCUUCAAGGGAUCGUUAAUUAUGAAGGGCUACGUCGGGAAGGAGGAAAGUGCCGUUGAUCGAGAUGGUUGGUUGCAUACAGGGGACAUUGGGUUCUACGAUGAGGAUGAAGAUUUCUUCAUCGUGGAUCGAAUUAAGGAGUUGAUAAAGUACAAAGGAUUCCAGGUUCCACCGGCUGAACUAGAAGCGGUACUGUUGAAACAUCCCAAAGUGAAGGACGCCGCUGUCAUUGGGAUACCGGACGAACGUGUUGGUGAACUGGCGACGGCGUUCGUUGUAAAGGAGCCUGGUGAAGAUGUUACUGAGGAAGAGGUAAGCUCAUUUGUGGCAAAGGAAGUAUCGCUGCAGAAACAACUUCACGGAGGUGUUAAAUUUAUCGACGAAGUGCCUAAGACAGCUACCGGUAAGAUUCUGCGCAGAAAACUUAAGGAUUUGGUACCUUCCGUUAAAGCAAAGCUUUAAACGGUUGGUGUUUCUA